AUGGCCAACAAUCUUUGCACAGAACUAAAAGUCCAUCUGAGCUCCCGCCAUCUACAUCCAACAGACGCCUGGCUGCAGACCUUUAUAUCUACAGUGCGGCCGAAUACCCCCAUUCCUGCACUGAAGCAGACAUGUCUCUUCCGGCUGCUAGCAACGGAUAUCACGAACUCGCUCGACCAGCCGCAGUCUUCUCUCUUCCCAUCUGACGUCCUGAACGCUAAGGCGCAAAGCCGCUUCCUGGCUGGCCCAAUUGUAUGCCAGGUCCUUGAUAUCGAGGACAUUGGCAGUUCACGCUGGUCGCAGGUCGAAAGUCUCGAAGCCACCGAGCGGGGGGAGACCACCAAGGGACGUGAAAUCAUACGAGUAACGGACGACGAGCCAAAUGGUGCAAUUCCAACUUCGACUAUCAGUAAAGGCCCGUUCAAGAUACUCUUACAAGAUGCCAAGGGCACCAAGGUGUACGCCCUCGACCUAAGUGGUACCAAUGGACUCCAUACUGGAAUUAGCAUGGGCACGAAGCUAGUCAUCAGAAACGCUGAUGUGCGAAGAGCUGUACUCAUGCUGGAGCCCGGACGCACGCAGAUCCUAGGUGGGAAGAUUGAAGCAUUGGAUAAGGUUUGGAAAGAGGGGCGCAAGGAGAGGUUGAUGGCCGCGGCACGAGCGCAGAAUUCUGAAGCUUGA